CGAAACGAAACGGAAACGCGUAUCGGUAUCCCUGUCUGUCGCCAACCAUCUUCGUUGGUUGUUGUUGUCCUUCUUCUUCUUCUUCUUCUUCUUCAUCAUCUACACAACAAUCGAAGCAUCUACAAAUUUGACACAGCUGAGCUGAAAGCACAGAGCUGAGCAGAGCGCUCUGCGUGCUGUCUUCCCCCAUCCCCACUAUUUUCAAACCCCCACCCCACCCCAUAAAGCAAUAGCAGAAGAAACAAAUCAUUCCUUCCCUUCCCUGCCCUCCGCUAUCACCGCUCAUCGUCCCCCCCCUCCCCCUCUCUCUCUUUCUUUCCUGUAGACCCACAUGAGCUAAUGACCCGAUGACGGCGACGUUUACUACUCACCAGCAGCACAACCAGCAGCAGCAGGAGGAGGCUCUUCCUCCUCGGCCGGAGCCGACCCAGACCGUCCGGAAGCUCGUGGUGGAGAUCAUUGAAGCCCGGGACCUCCUCCCCAAGGAUGGCCAAGGCAGCUCCAGCCCUUACGUCAUCGCCGAGUUCGACAACCAGAAGAAGCGCACCUCCACCAGAUUCCGUGACCUCAACCCCGUAUGGAAUGAAGCCCUCGAGUUCCUCGUCUCCGACCCCGACAACAUGGACCUCGAGGAGCUCAACGUCGAGGUCUACAACGACAAGAAGUUCAGCGGCGGCAGCGGCCGCAAGAACCACUUCCUCGGCCGCGUCAAGCUCUACGGCUCCCAGUUCCCCAGGCGGGGCGACGAGGGCCUCGUCUACUACCAGCUCGAGAAGAAGAGCGUCUUCAGCUGGAUUAAGGGCGAGAUUGGCCUCAGGAUCUACCACUUCGACGAGCUCGUCGAGGACAACCUCCCGCCUCCUCCGCCGGACGAACAGCAGCAGCAGCCGCCCCCGGACCAGCGUCAGCCCCCCGUCAUGGUGGUGGAGGAAAUCCGGCCAAUGGCCAUGGACUGCGGCGAGCCGAUCCAUCCCCACCACGAGGGGUCCCAUUCGCCUCCGCUGGUCGUCAUCGAGGAAUCUCCUCAGGUCCCUGCGCAUGACCCCAUGAUGCAUUUGCAUCCAGAGCCGCAGCCUGAAGGGAUGAUACCGCCGUCCAUGGCCUGUCCGUUUCCAGGUCCAGGUCCAGGUCCAGGUCCAGGUUCCGGUCCCGGUCUCGGUCCCGGUCCGCCGUCGGAGCAGCAGUACCCUCCGCCGGACGUGAGGAAAAUGCAGGCGCCGACUGCUGGGGAGAGGGUGAGGGUUCUGAGGAGGCCGAGCUGCGAUUUCGCUCCGAGGGUGAUCCCGAAGCAGCACCGUAGGUUCGCCAGCGAGGCUGAGAAGAUCCACCCCUACGACCUCGUCGAGCCUAUGCAAUACCUCUUCAUCAGGAUCGUUAAGGCGCGUGGGCUCUCCCCCAACGAGAGCCCCUACGUGAAGGUGCGGACCACCGGCCAUUACGUCCGGUCGAAGCCGGCCGUCUACCGCCCCGGUGAGCCCCCCGACUCGCCGGAGUGGCAACAGGUCUUCGCCCUGGGACACAACAAGCUCGAGUCGGCCAGCUCCACGCUCGAGAUCUCUGUCUGGGAUUCCCCGUCGGAGAACUUCCUCGGUGGCGUCUGCUUCGACUUAUCGGAUGUCCCCGUGAGGGACCCACCCGACAGCCCACUGGCGCCACAAUGGUACCGCCUCGAGGGCGGUGAGCAGGGCCGUGUCACUGGUGACAUCCAGCUCUCCGUCUGGAUUGGUACGCAGGCUGACGACGCCUUCCCGGAAGCAUGGAGCUCGGAUGCGCCAUACGUGGCCCACACCCGCUCAAAGGUCUACCAGUCGCCUAAGCUUUGGUACCUCCGGGUUACUGUGAUCGAAGCUCAGGACCUCCAAAUCCCUCCGAACCUGCCUCCUCUGGCGACUCCAGAGAUCCGGGUCAAGGUUCAGCUCGGGUUCCAGUCUGUGAGGACGAGGCGAGGCUCGAUGGGCAACCAUGCUUCAUCGGUCCAUUGGAAUGAAGACCUCGUCUUCGUGGCGGGGGAGCCCCUCGAGGACUCGCUGAUUGUCCUGGUGGAGGACCGAACCAGCAAGGAGAUCAUGCUCCUUGGGCACAUUAUGAUCCCAGUGGGAUCGAUCGAGCAGCGAAUUGAUGAGCGGCAUGUUCCAGGGAAGUGGUUCCCACUGGAGGGCGGUGCCGGAGGUGGCCCCGGUGGUCCAUCCUAUUGCGGGAGACUAUACCUCCGUCUCUGCCUCGAGGGCGGUUAUCAUGUUCUUGAUGAAGCUGCCCACGUUUGCAGCGAUUUUCGGCCCACCGCAAAGCAGCUAUGGAAGCCUGCGGUCGGGAUCCUCGAGUUGGGCAUUUUGGGGGCGCGCGGGCUACUCCCGAUGAAGGCCAAGGGGCCAGGGAAGGGGUCCACGGAUGCCUACUGUGUGGCGAAGUACGGUAAGAAAUGGGUCCGCACCCGGACGAUAACCGACUGCUUCGACCCGCGCUGGAACGAGCAGUAUACAUGGCAGGUCUAUGACCCCUGCACUGUUCUCACGGUUGGUGUUUUCGACAACUGGCGGAUGUUCAGUGACUCGUCGGAGGGGAAACUGGACUGCUCGAUUGGAAAGAUACGUAUCCGAGUAUCCACAUUGGAGAGCAACAGGGUGUACACGAAUUCAUACCCGCUGCUGGUCUUGUUGAGGUCUGGGUUGAAGAAGAUGGGUGAGGUCGAGCUCGCAGUCCGGUUCGCCUGCCCCUCCCUCCUGCCUGACACGUGCGCGGUCUAUGGGCAGCCUCUGCUGCCCCGAAUGCACUACCUCCGCCCGCUCAGGGUGGCCCAGCAGGAAGCUCUGCGGGGAGCUGCCACCAAGAUGGUGGCAGCCUGGCUUGCCAGGUCGGAGCCGCCUCUCGGGCCCGAGGUCGUGAGGUACAUGCUGGAUGCGGACUCUCACACAUGGAGCAUGAGGAAGAGCAAGGCCAACUGGUUCCGCAUUGUAGCGGUGCUUGCCUGGGCAGUCGGCCUGGCCAAGUGGCUCGAUGAUAUCCGGCGGUGGAGGAACCCAAUCACGACGGUCCUCGUCCACAUCCUAUACCUCGUUCUCGUAUGGUAUCCAGACCUGAUAGUCCCCACGGGGUUCCUUUACGUGUUCCUGAUUGGUGUAUGGUACUACAGGUUCCGUCCCAGAAUCCCAGCUGGGAUGGACACCAGGCUCUCCCAAGCUGAGACGGUUGAUCCGGACGAGCUCGAUGAGGAGUUCGACACUAUUCCGAGCUCAAAGCCAUCAGACAUUGUCCGUGCACGGUACGACCGGUUGAGGUUGCUGGCAGCUCGGGUCCAGACGGUCCUGGGUGAUUUCGCCACCCAAGGGGAGAGGGUCCAGGCCUUAGUGAGCUGGAGGGAUCCAAGAGCCACCAAGCUGUUCAUAGGAGUGUGCCUUGCAAUCACACUGACACUCUACGUCGUGCCGCCGAAGAUGGUGGCAGUGGCACUCGGGUUCUACUAUCUCCGCCACCCGAUGUUCCGGGAGCCAAUGCCUCCAGCAAGCCUGAACUUUUUCCGGCGACUCCCGAGUUUAUCCGACCGGCUAAUGUAGGAAACUAUGAAACUAUGGGAAGCGUUCAUUAAUUAAUUUAGCCUUGAUUUUUGGGGGUGGUGAUGGGGAAGGGGUUGGAGACAACAGAGGGCACUGUUUUUGUGUUGAAAAAAAGUUGUCGUGAAAAACCCAAAAAAAUAACGUUAAAAGAAGUGAAGAAAAGUGGGACAUUGCCAUGAUUGCAAUUCUUUUCAUUUCUCA